GUCGUCUGCUGUUAAUGUCGCGAAGCCGUGUGCACCGCCAUGCUUGUUUUCUUACAAGACUCGUUCAAACUUUCGUGCGAAGGCAAAUAGCUUCUCAGCGAUAUUGUUGUGAGCUUCCAGCAAAAAAUGCCAUCUGUGGUAAUCAUGAUCAUGCACUACAAACAGUUAUAGCGCUGAUCCGUCACUCUUCGCAGCAGUGUUCGUCUGCUACGAACACCGGUAUGUUCGUCUGCAUGCGCUUUGCGCGAGCGACAUCUCAGCUCUGCAGAGCUUUCUGCGACUUACCGAAAGACAAUCCGUACCUCAAGAAGUACUCCGAGAAGAUCAGGAAACUGAAGCAGAUAUCACCGAGUGAGUAUGAAGAACGCCUAGCAACCUUGCACGAAAAAAAGCCCGCACCAAAAGGGGACCGCACUCCUGCAGCAGCAACAACUCCCACCUUCACCCGGCCCGUAAAACCGCUGAGGGCAGACACAUUAGCGUCCCUGCGUAACCUUCAAACAGAAGCUGAGGUUGUAGAAGCCUGGAAGCAAGCUCAUGCCGACAAGGACUCUGUCUGUGCAUUGAUUCCUGGACCUGUGUACGAACGCAUGCAAGAACGGGGAGCGGAGUUUCCAACUUUCGUAUUUCCCGUUCCCCGAGGUUCCGGGUACGAAUUCAUGCUCAGUCAGAUACAGGGGCACCAAUGUCACAUGACACCACUGAGCCUGUACAAGACGCACGGCAGUGAAGCGCCAGCCUGCCUUAAAAUACUUCACUGGACCGACCUUCUGGAAGAACGAGGCUUCGUACUCAUGCACGGCGAAUACGACGCCGCAAUUUUGGGUCCAGCUGAAGCCCAGUGCCUAGCCAAUCAGCAUCAAUUGUACUAUGGUGGACAGGAACUCGGGAAGAAGGUUCUGCUGUGGAACUUCAACCACGAGCCACACUCUUUCAACCAUGAAGAUCUUGUACGGGAAUUGGAAAGGUCCCUGACAGCUGUAGCAGCUUAGUGAUUGAAUUUAUUAGGUUUGUGCAUUAAAUAAUUAUAAAUUGUA